UCGUAAUCAAAACGUWGUGAAGUCGAUGAAAUUUGUCCUGACAUUUUCUACUCUUAAGGUUUUUGGACUUUCCAAGAUAAUGAGAAAUCAAGAAAUACUUACAAAUGAAUCCCAGAAGAAGAAAAAGCGGAAAAGCUUUAAAUUUAAACGUGGAAAAUCAAUAGAUAUUGAUCAAAAUGGAUUCUUGAAGGAAGAUGAUUCGACUGGCAGCGAGGCUAGCGUUGAAAACGACUUAUCAAACGUACCUAGUGAGCCUAAAGUAACACUUGAUAAGCAGAAAAUGCUUGUUGCUAUCGAUUGUGAAAUGGUUGGAGUUGGUCCAGAGAAAAAGARCGCUUUAGCACGGUGUAGCAUUGUUAACUACGAUGGAAAUGUYAUCUUCGACAACUUCAUCAAACCCGAAGACAAAAUYACGGAUUAUAGAACUCAGUGGAGUGGAAUAAGACCUUCUGACAUGGCCAAAGCCAUUCCAUUUCGUAAAGCAAGAAGACAAGCUAAGAAAUUGCUCAAAGGUCGCGUUUUAGUUGGYCACUCGCUUCAAUCAGACUURACUGUACUUAAGUUAAAACAYCCACAUUAUUCCAUGAGAGAUACAGCAAAAUUCAUACCACUUCGAGCCAUGGCAGGUUUGCCCACGUACACUACGCCAGCGUUAAAGACUUUGACAAGGAAUGUGUUACAAACUGAAAUUCAAACUAGUGAACACUGUUCAAUUGAAGAUGCAAGAGCAUCUUUGGCACUUUACAAACUAUGUGAAAGUGAAUGGGAGAACGAAUGGAAAGAAAUGAAAACUAGUUCUUAUCUAUGUGAUGCAUAUUGGCCAUCAUGGACUGAAACAAAUUAAAAAAUAGUAAACAAAAUUCUUUUCAAAACUGUAUGCAAACACUAAAUUUGAAUGCAAUAUUGUUUGAAAAGAAGUUUAAACAUGAUGUGAAUGCUCUGAUCCCAUCUCCAGUCCAAAUUCCAGAAUACUAAGUAUCUGGUGCUCAAAUAUCAAUCCUAUUCUUUUUUUGUUUUUAGUUAGAAAUUAUCAAUUAAAUCACAUCCAAUAAAAAAUAGGGCCUAAGAAUUGUACUUCAUACAGAAUUAUCUAUUUUUGAAUACAAAAUAAAUUUUAUGUACAUUCCAUUUUGUGUUUUACAUUGA